AUGAUUAUUGAUGAUAAUCCCAAUGAUAGUGCCGGUGAAGCAAAUAAGAUUCAAAGGGAAAUGCUUACUUUUCAGUUUGUGUUUCACCCAUUCUUAAUGAAGGCUAUAUUGGGACUCACAAAUGAUGUGUCACAAGCAUUGCAAAAGAAAGAUCAAGAAAUUGUGAAUGCAAUGGCUUUGGUGAAAUCAUGCAAGGAAAAGCUACAUUGGAUGAGGAAUAAUGGGUUUGAUGCAUUGGUUGAAGAGGUGUCUUCAUUUUGUGACAAACAUCAUAUUGAUGUUCCUACCAUGGAUGAGGCCUUCGUACUUCCAGGGAGGUCAAGGCGUAAUGCUCCAAUAAAGACAAAUCGUCAUCAUUAUCGUGUGGAGCUCUUUAUUUAUGUCAUUGACGAGCAACUUACGGAGUUAGAUGAUCGUUUUAAUGAGGUAAAUACUGAGUUGCUUAUUUGUUUGGCAUGUUUGAGUCCAAAUGAUUCAUUUGUAGCUUUUGAUAAACAAAAGUUACUUCGUCUUGCUCAAUUUUAUCCUCAAGACUUUUCGUAUGGGGAUCUUUUGGCACUUGAUGAUCAACUUGAGCUUUAUAUUCAUUAUGUGAGUUCAAGUAGUGAUUUCUCUGACUUGCACGGGAUUGGUGAUCUUGCAAAAAAAAUGGUGGAGACAAGGAUGCAUCGAGCAUUCAAUUAUGUGUAUUUGCUUAUUACAUUGGCUCUAGUUUUACCGGUUGCUACUGCUUCAGUCGAGAGGGCAUUCUCCGUCAUGAAUAUUAUCAAAGGUCCACUUCGGAACAAAAUGGGAGAUCAAUGGUUGAGUGAUAGCUUGCUUGUUUAUGUUGAGAAGGAUGUUUUUGAUUGUAUUGAAAAUGAAGCUAUAAUGCUACGUUUUCAAAAUAUGAAACCUCGUCGUGGCCAAUUGUAA